ACGGGCGAGCGUGCGUUCUGAGUCACCCGGUGCCGGAGGCAGGAACCCGGCCAUGGUGAAUGAGGCCAGAGGAAGUGGCUGCCUCAACCCCCGCUCAGAGGGCAGCAGCAGUGGCAGUGAGAAUUCCAAAGAUAGUUCGAGAUGUUCCACGCCGGGCCUGGACCCCGAGCGGCAUGAGAAACUCCGGGAGAAGAUGAGGCGGAGGAUGGAAUCUGGUGACAAGUGGUUCUCCUUGGAAUUCUUUCCUCCUCGAACUGCUCAAGGAGCUGUCAAUCUCAUCUCAAGAUUUGACCGGAUGGCAGCAGGUGGCCCCCUCUUCGUAGAUGUGACCUGGCAUCCCGCAGGGGACCCCGGCUCAGACAAGGAGACCUCUUCCAUGAUGAUCGCCAGCACUGCCGUGAACUACUGUGGCCUGGAAACCAUCCUGCACAUGACCUGCUGCUGUCAGAGCCAGGAAGAGAUCACGGGCCAUCUGCACAAAGCCAAGCAGCUGGGCCUGAAGAACAUCUUGGCGCUGAGGGGAGACCCCACCGGUGACCGUUGGAAAGAGGAGGAAGGAGGUUUCAACUAUGCGGUGGACCUGGUGAAGCACAUCCGAAAUGAGUUUGGUGACUACUUUGACAUCUGUGUGGCAGGUUACCCGAAAGGCCACCCCGAAGCAGAGAGCUUCGAGGCCGACCUGAAGCACUUGAGGGAGAAGGUGUGCGCCGGAGCCGAUUUCAUCAUCACGCAGCUGUUCUUUGAGACCGACACAUUCCUGCGCUUCGUUAAGGCUUGUGCUGACAUGGGCGUCACCUGCCCCAUCCUCCCCGGGAUCUUUCCUAUUCAGGGCUAUCACUCACUCCGGCAGCUUGUGAAGCUGUCCAAGCUGGAAGUGCCACAGAAGAUCAAGGACGUGAUUGAGUCAAUCAAAGACAAUGAUGCUGCCAUCCGCAACUAUGGCAUCGAGCUGGCUGUGAACCUCUGCCAGGAGCUUCUGGCCAGCGGCUUGGUGCCAGGCCUCCACUUCUACACCCUCAACCGAGAGAUGGCCACCACGGAGGUGCUGAAGCGCCUGGGCUUGUGGACUGAGGACCCCAGGCGUCCCCUGCCCUGGGCUGUCAGUGCCCACCCCAAGCGCCGGGAGGAAGAUGUACGUCCCAUCUUCUGGGCCUCCAGGCCAAAGAGUUACAUCUACCGCACCCAGGAGUGGGACGAGUUCCCCAACGGCCGCUGGGGCAAUUCUUCCUCUCCAGCCUUUGGGGAGCUGAAGGACUACUACCUCUUCUACCUGAAAAGCAAGUCCCCCAAGGAAGAGUUGCUAAAGAUGUGGGGGGAGGAGCUGACCAGCGAAGAAAGUGUCUUUGAAGUCUUUGUCCACUACCUCUCGGGAGAGCCAAACCAGAACGGCCAUAAAGUGACUUGCCUGCCCUGGAAUGAUGAGCCCUUGGCGGCCGAGACCAGCCUGAUGAAGGAGGAGCUGCUCCGAGUGAACCGGCAGGGCAUCCUCACCAUCAACUCCCAGCCCAACAUCAACGGGAAGCCGUCCUCCGACCCCAUCGUGGGCUGGGGCCCCAGUGGGGGCUACGUGUUCCAGAAGGCCUACUUAGAGUUCUUCACUUCCCGAGAGACAGCGGAAGCACUUCUGCACGUGCUGAAGAAGUACGAGCUGCGGGUCAAUUACCACAUUGUGGACGUGAAGGGUGAAAACAUCACCAAUGCCCCGGAGCUGCAGCCCAAUGCCGUCACUUGGGGCAUCUUCCCUGGGCGAGAGAUCAUCCAGCCCACAGUGGUGGAUCCCAUCAGCUUCAUGUUCUGGAAGGACGAGGCCUUCGCUCUGUGGAUUGAGCAGUGGGGCAAGCUGUACGACGAGGAGUCCCCAUCCCGCAUGAUCAUCCAGUACAUCCACGACAACUACUUCCUGGUCAACCUGGUGGACAAUGAGUUCCCGCUGGACAACUGCCUGUGGCAGGUGGUGGAAGAUGCAAUUGAGCUUCUCAACAGGCCGACCCAAAGUGAGAGGGAGGCGGAGGCUCCGUGACCCUGUGUCCUGACAUCCCGAGCUGGGGGGUGCUUGUGUCCCACCUUCCUCCUUCCCAGUCCUGGUUCUCCCGGGAACCCUACUCUCCUUCGUUCCGCCCCGAGCCCUGGCCUGCACUGCCAGACGUGAUGAUGGCAGCUGGACUAGUGUGAGGCUCCCAGGCUCCGGCUGGACCUCAGUUGGCCCCACACAGGAGCCAGGUGCUCCCUGCACUGGCCGGGAGUGUGUGCUCUGUUGGUGGUACACCUCCACCCUGCAGAGGACCACAGUGGGGGGCACACCACCCUCCCUGAGAAGGAGGGAGACUGGCUGUUGCCAACUGAGCCCUUGGACCAAGGCAGCCUCUAGGAGCCAGCCUGGUCCUCUCAGUGAGCUUGCACCUGGGGCCCACGUAACACAGGCAAAGCACAUGGCAGCGGGCAUUGGUGCAUCGCGGAAGAGAUGUAGCAAAGGGACGGCGCUGCGCCUUCCCCCUCCUAGACGUUGGCAACCAGGUUCCACCUACCUGUGACUGAAGGGGCAGACACUGCCCUGCCUAGUACUCAGCCGUCCACAGCACCAGGCCCCUGGAUGGGCCUGGGCUGACCCCUAACAAUGCAAGCAGCUCUCACCGUCCCCUCCCUGAGAGCUCA